AUGAAUUAUUUCUAUAUCCAAUCAAGUCAUGCAAACCUAAUAAGGUGGAAUAUUUUAACUAAUAUUUAUUUAAGGAUUAAGUUAAUAAUUCUUAUUUUAUUCAAGGUUGAUUGGAUUGAUUGUAAUAAACGGGGAGGUUCUAAUGGAGAGGAAUUUGACAGACAUUUUCUUUUAGUCGAUUCUAUGCAAGAUAAUUUAUUUUUGACAGCUCGAAUUUAUUCAAAGAUGGUAUUGGUUGAAGCACAUGUAAUUAAAGGAAAAUUAAUUGUUAAAUUUCCACCAGGCAAAAAUUUGAAAAAAAUAUUUAAAAUUAAUCAAAAAAAUAAAAUUAAGAUGAUAAAGUUGUUGAAGUAG